AUGAUCAAGGAAACGAGCAAUGAAAAUCGACUGCAAGUAUAUUAUAAUAUAAUGGUAUAUACCAGAAAUAUCAACCGAGGAGCUAUCUGAAUAAACUAAAGCAAUCUAAAAAUGUUUUUUUGCGGAGGAAAAUAAAGAGCCUACAGCGUAGCAUAUUUACAGAUAACCCUAAUACGAAUAACGCUACUGCAGCAGUUGCAGUAAUAAGUGAACGGUAAAUAUCGUUAUGAUUCAAUCAUCAGAGAUGAUGAUGGAGAUGCAAUCGGUGGAAAAAUAAUCUCCGAUUAGUCAUUGUUGUCCAUCUGGCAGACGAGACGGCUACGGUAUGAGGUUUCGACGAUCCGCUGUACAUUUUGUGAACCGUAAAAAAAUAAAUCCUAAGGGUACACAUACAAUUUAAGGGUUGAAAUGUCAAGACGACGGCUUAUUAAAAAAAAAAAACCGACAUAAAUAUAGCGCGUAUACUGUUGAAAACAAUUCGUAAAUUCAUUUUUUAAUAUUAUAAUAUUACUUUGUACAUAGAUUUUUUUUUUUUCUGAAAAAUGUUUUAUCGUUUUACAGAUUGGAAACGACCCGGCAAAAUACGCGUUGCUCGGUGCUGCAGCACAAUUAGGCGGAAUCGUCAGGGCCACCAUAAGUCUAACAGUGGUUUUUAUUGAAGCCACGGGGAAUUUACAAUUUUUAUUGCCACUCAUGGUCACUUUGUUUACGGCGAAAUGGACCGGUGAUUUUUUCACAGAUGUAAAUAUUUUUAAUAAAAAUGAUCUUUAUUUACUAGUUGCACGAAAUACAAUACCUACAUUACACUUGUGUACAAUUUGCAAGCACUUCUGUUUGGCCAAACAAUUUAAUCAAUACAAAUUACGAAGAAAAUUUCUUUAUAAUCAAAAUUGUCAAAAAGUGAACAGUUAAAUUUCUUAUUCUUAUUCAAUAAUACAUGAAACGAAUUUGUAACAAUACGAAUAUUGCACAGCAAGUUUCGGUUAACAAUACAAAGUGCUUCGAAAUUCCAGAUCUUGUCCUAAAUAUUAUGUGUGUGCAUAUUUUUCGUGUUAUAAAACAUUAUAAUCUAUUGCAAAUGCAUAAUAUUAUAUAGGUAGUUGGAUAAAUAGUAGUUGGAUUAAAACAGAAACAUUUAUAAUGUGUAUAUUGUACAUACAUUUAUUAUUUUUAAUAAAAUUAAUAUUUAUUUAACUAAUACAAUACAAUUUUGAAAAUCUUCUAAUGACAUAGAUACUAAACAAUAUUAUCAAAUCGAUUUUAUUUGCAUUCAAGGGAAUAUACGAAAUGCAGAUUAAACUGUCCGGCGUACCUUUGUUGGCGAGCGAACCGCCAUCUCUAACCAGUGACAUAACGACAGAAGAUUUUAUGAGCGAUACGGUUUGCGUGUUGCCACAAAUAUUAAUGGUCGGGAAAUUAGUGGAUACGUUGAACACGACCAAACAUAAUGGUUUUCCUGUAGUAGCAUCGAAAGUUUGCUUCUGUCGAGUAAAUAAUAUUAUAAUAAUUUGAAUAUUAAAGGAUUUAUCAAGUUUCAUAGGUUCACCUACCUACUUGUUUGUUAAUAAUACAAUAAUAACGUGACCCAAAACAUUGUGUGUUCGCAGACAAAGACUCAAGAGCAUAAAUGUUACGGAUUAUUAAAGGGAUUUAUUCUCCGGUCUCAGUUGAAUGUCAUACUCAAACACAAUUUAUAUCUGACCCCUUUGCAUGACGAAAACUAUUGUACGAAAUUGGACCUUAUUAGAAAGUCUACGUACACUUGUCAUGACAGUCGAUUGUUUCAGGUACGUGUUUUUAUGAACUAUGUAUAUAUUUAUUUUAAAUUUAAAUAUCUGAUAGCUAAUAAUAAUUAAUAUUUUAUAUGAACGUUUUAGAGGUUAAAUAUCGAAGAAGACGAAAGAACCAUCGUUAUCGAUCUACGGCCAUACAUGGAUCCAGCACCGUAUAUCGUUAGAUUGGUUAGUACAAUUAUACAGUAA